GCACAUUGAAGAAAGUACAAGUGCAAACAACAUGAGAAAGAAAAAGGAAUCGAAUAAAACAAACACUUUUUCUUUUUCAAAUUUUCGGCAAUGACACAUUUGGAAUUUCAUCGGAAACUACGUCCUUAAGGUCCACAUAAAUUCCAUUCAAAGCACGCACUUUUGAGAGAAGAGACUGCAUCAAAAGAAUAAAAAAGACAAAUCAAAGUGUUUUUGCGUUUGAUUCUCAUUUGGAAACAGCUAUAACGAGGCACGUUGUUAUUAGCUCAAGUUUUCAAUUUCGCAAAUCCAUGGCGACGCUGCAGAGAAUCAAGUUCCUAGCGACGCAGUGUGGAAUUGCACCGAGCCCGACAAGAAGUCCAAGCCCGAGGACAAGUCCGUUGGUGCAGUUUCGUCGCAAGAAGACAACCUUAAAGAUGCUUCUGAGUCUUAUACCGCCUAGCCGCAGAGAGCAGCCGCUCAUUCAUCAUGGCCGCUCCUUGGCUGCUGACAAGGACGUAGCUGCGCGCAAACUGCGAGACUUAUUCGUGACUUCGUCUCCCGUAGAGGAAGGAGAAGAGAAAGAGAGACCGAAAGGGAAGACAAAAGAAGAAGUUCUUGCAGCCAUGGCAGCUAAAUUAAACGCAGCUGCUAGUUCACAGGUGGGGAACAAUGCAGCACCGGUUUGGUUUAGAUUCAGCAAGCGGCUUCUCCAGCGAGCUUGGCGUCCUAAGCUUGGUACCAUUCCUGAGUAAUGUAUAACCAGUUUCUUGUCUUUCUUAUGUGACACUCAAAACUAAUUUGGAAACCAUUAGUUUCUCUAUGAAAAAAGUAUAUUUAUGCUUUCAUCAAA